AUAGAGCGGACACUUCCUUAACCUUUUACUUCACUCGGCCUGUUGAACUCAGCCUGUUGAAUAAAUAAUAGCGUCGCGGGCAUGCGUCGUGACCUAAGAUAAAAAGAAAACUGUUGAUUUUUAACAUAUUAUCAACAAAAUAGGAGUGCAUUACUAAAAUACUAAGAAUGAGUGAAAAACAAGGUUUGAACCAGGGACCACCAUCCUAUGAGCAUGCACAGGGAGGAUAUCCAGGCGGAUACCAGCCAGUUCAACAGUCAGAAAAAACACCCUAUGGACAACCAGGACAGCCUCCCUAUGGACAACCAGGACAACCGCCCUAUGGUCAACCAGGACAACCUCCUUAUGGUCAACCAGGACAACCACCCUAUGGUCAGCCAGGACAACCACCCUAUGGUCAACCAGGACAACCACCCUAUGGUCAACCUCCUUAUGGUCAACCAGGACAACCUUAUGCUACACAACAAAUUGUGGUGAGUCAGCCUGGCCAAGCUGGUGUUAUUGUAACACAACCAAGACCUCCAGAUUACAUGAUCCCAUCAGUUCUGGCAUGCUUGUGUUGUUUCUGUCCUACAGGUCUAUGUGCAAUCUAUUAUGCAAAUCGGGCAAACACUCUGGCAGCUGAUGGGGACAUGAUUGAAGCUCAGAGGAUGUCUAACAGUGCUAGAAAUUUGAUGAUUACGAGCGUGGUGAUUGGGGUGGCCUGGAUCAUUCUCGUUAUUGUGUUGAGGCUCGUCGUUUUUGCGACAAGAACAACCACAUAUGGUUACGAUUAUUGAUCAGAUUGAUGAUAAUAGAUUCAGAUAUUUCAGCUUCUUUCGUUAGCUGACCAGAAACAAUACAUAUUGCCUUUGUCUUAAUACUUGAUGUAGAUAAUCAUUAUUCAGCAUUUUUUCUUCAGUGUGACAAGUUUGCUUUUAGCUUAAAAUGAUGUAAUGUUAGCCAUAGCAGCUGCUUUAUAUGAUACAUAUGAGUCGUGUCAUGACAAAACCAACAUAAUGGGUUUGCGACCAGCAUGGAUCCAGACCAGCCUGCGCAUCCGCGCAGUCUGAUCAGGAUACAAGCUGUUCGCUAUCAGUUUCUCUACUUAUUAUAGGGUUGGUAAGAGAACAGCAUGGAUCCUGAUCAGACUGUGUGUAGCGCAGGCUGGUCUGGAUCCAUGCUGGUCGCAAACCCACUAUGUUGAUUUUGUUGUGACGCGGCUCAUAUUAUGUUAUUGUAUUUUUAUAUAUAUAAUAAUAUAAAGUAAAGUUUGAGAAGUCAAGUUUUUUAUACUCCAAUGCUUUCUUGACUAAUUAAUUUAAGUGCUUAUUUUGUUAAGUUACACUUAAGUCUAUAGACUGAGACCCUGUAACGAAGCACAGUACUGAUUUAUACAUAAGUGCUUAGUUUGUUCUUUUUUUUUCUGUGGCAAAUUUAUAUGUGAAUGAAUAUUAUGUAGUACAAUUAUUAACUUUAUUUGAUACAAAGUGAUUCUAUGUGCUAAUUUUAUACUUAAAGGGUAAGUUUUGGUGGUUUUAUUACAUGAUAACUUAGUUUUAAGUACUAAUUCUAAAAAAAUUUUUUUGAAGAACCAGUUUUGUACAUCAGUUGACUUAACAUAUUAGGGCUGCAUCACGACAAAACCAACAUAACGGGUUUGCGGCAUUUGCGCAGUCUGAUCAGGAUCCAUGCUGUUCACUAUCAGUUUCUUUACUUGUUAUAGGGUCUGUAAGCAAACAGCAUGGAUCCUGAUCAGACUGCACCGCAGCGGCAGGCUGUUCUUGAUCCAUGCUGGUCGCAAACACAUUAUGUUGGUUUUGUCGCGAUGCGGCUCAUAUGUUGAUCAUUUAUUGAACUAUUUUCAAAAUCCAUUUAUAAAUAGAGUUGCUCCUGAAUAGAAUGACUCUGAAACAAAGUUUUUUUUGGGGUUUUCCCAGCUAUAUCUGAGGAUACACGAAACAGGUUUACUAAUCCAAGGCAAACAGAAGUGCACCUUGAAGCUAUAAUGGUAUACCCAUUGUUUGUACAUGGGUAUUAGUUUGGAAAAAAUAGACAUUUGCUAAGUUCUGGAUAACAACUGUUAAGAAUAUUUAGGAAUUUCACAGCUAAUCAGGGGUUACAAAAACAAAUGAAAGUUACAAUAAUGGUUAAUAUAUUGAAAAUAAAUGUAACAUGUAGAUCACAAUAUUGUGAUCAUUGUAGAGCAGAAUUAGUGGAGCAUUAACAGUCAAACUUAUUUGUACCCUGGAUUAGAUUGGAAAAACCCACAUUUACUGAUUACAUGAUUUAACAUGUAUAUUUAUAAAUGCAUCCAUGAUUUAGAUGUUUCUUUCAGCAACUCGAUGUAUGUACUUGUUUAAGCAGGGUUGUUUUAAAACAUGAAGUAGCUUUUAGGUUUGAUUUUAGUUAAACCACGAUUGUUUUGAAUCUCUCUUUUAUUUUAUACAAACACCAUAUUAGAAUCAGUUUUGUUUUAAAAAAUUGACUAUAUUUUUAUUUUUUACAUUUUUUUUUCUGCAAUUGUCAAUUUUUUAUUUUCUGCACCAUGUACACGUAUUGGUCAUGUCAAUAUUUUCUUCAUAAUUAUAUACAAUGUUUAUGUUUUUUUGUCAUUUUCAUACGCAGCUCUUUUAUUUUAUUACAUUUUCUUUAUAAAUGUAGGUUUGUAUCUGUUUGUUUUGUAUAAAUGUAAUCUUGUAUUUGCUAUUUCAUUAAAAGUUCUCCAUUUCAGAAAUUUACAAUUUGUCAAGAAAAUACAUUAGUUCAUGUUUAGUUUUGGUGAGCACUUAAUAUUUUCGACUUAGUCUAUAUGAUAUCAUAUUAUACAUUUGUAAAAAAUAAAUUUGUACAAUUUGGCUUUUGAGACGUUUUUUUUUGUGAUUUUGUUUGUCUUAAUUCAAAAAUUUGCCUUAAUUCAAAACAUUUUGAUAUUGUUCAGUUUCGACACAAAAUUAUGAUGUUUAACCAGAAUUUUAAAGCUCAAUAUUUUCAUAUGCUUUAUAUAAAAAAUUUAUUUUGUAGAUAUAUCUUUUUCGAGAAAUUCUGCCUUAUAUUUGAUAUAGAUCAACUAUAUGUUAUAUUUAUCAUAAUCUAUUUCUUAUUUCAGUGAUACUUAUUUACAUGUAAAAAAUCAUUUACUUACUUAAUGAAAGAUCAUUGGCAGAAGAAAAUGACUGGCAUACUGGCUAAUGUUUUGAUUAUUUUGUUGGCUAUUUUGUGUAACAUUUUCAAAAAAAAAAAAGAAAGCACACACACAAAUAAUAAAAGUGACUUGAAGUUUUGAUACAGUUCAUCAUUUUGCAAAUAAGCAAACGUUUGUAUUGCAACAUGGAAUUUUCAUUGGUCACUAGUUUGUAAUCUGACUAAUUUACGUUACUUUUUCCCCGGAUGACUCAGUUACUUUGUUACUGGUUAAUAAAAAUUUUGUAUUCAAUUCAAAUACCUUUAUUCACCUAGGUAUCAAUAAAAUAUGAAAGGGGUAACUACGACACAUGAAAGUCAUCAAAUUAAAGGUGAACAAAUUGAUCACAAGGGAGACAACAAAUAUGCUAAUUAUAAGUCAAUAAACGCACUGAUGUCAGUCAUUUAGCUUUUGCUAUUGGGCAUUUCAGGGGUCGUAGACAUUAUUGCUGUAAGCCGAUAAAACAUGCGCAACAAGGAACAGACAGCUUCAUGUCCAACCCCUUAAUAUCCGUUACUUUCAUAACAUCUUGUUUCAAGAUUACAUAGAUAUUUUAACAUUAUCAUUAAUGCUUAGAGCAGUGGUCCAGAGUAAACGAAAAGUGUAGGCGAAUAUAUAGCCUGGUGUCCGUAGAUUACUAGCAGGAACUGGAGAUUUUGCUGUCUUAUAAUUUAUUUUAUUGGUCUUAAAGACCAUUAAUUAUUUUAUCAGUCUAAGACCAUUUCUAUUUUUAAAUAGAACCAAGAUUUUUUUUCUCUUUUUUUUGCUGAUAACCAUGUUUUCUUUGCCAUUAAGAGAUUUUUUUUCACAGAAUGACUAAUAUUUUUCUGAAAUUUUUUAUUUUUAUUUUAUUUUGAAGUUUUGUUUUGUUUUCCUGUACAUUGUGUUAUUGAACCUUCAUAUUAUUUACAGUAUUCUAUAAUAAGUGAGAAAAAAAAAGAUGCAUCUUACACUUUGUCGCAAAAUAUUGUUUUGUUGUCCGAAAAUAGGGUAAAAUGCAGAGUAACAUAGUUGUGUGUAUAGGUACAGAUAUAUUGUACCAUAAAAUCUGAUUUUUUUGCUAAUUCUCAGUAAAAAAACCUGUAAAACACAUAUAAAAACAUUUUAUGUCUCAACUUAACUGAAUUAAGACCAAUUUUCACCUCAACGAUGAAAAAAAUUGAUAAGACGAAAUAUAUUCAAAUGAAAAAUAAAAGGAUAACAGAAACAAUAAAAUGCCGUCUGCUAUAUAAGGUUGUGGGCAACAGGGGCAUUGUUUGAAAUAUUUUAUAGUUGUAUUGUGUACUCCCAACGGUUGUGGUCGUUUAUCCUGCAGAAACUACUUUAAUUUAAAACUAUUAUUUAAAUAUGUAUUGAAUUUUACAUGCCAUGGCAGUAAUUGCCUUACAGGUUUUGCGUACCCAUUCUUUUGUGUUUUUUAAAUUUUAUUUGAAUAAGAUUUCUUUGCUAAGUUGUUUUAUAUAAUUUCUGUUUUAGGUUGUUCCAAGAUAUUUGUUUUUGAUAAGCUUUUACCUGAAAUUGUAUUAAAAGUGAAUAUAUAUAAUUUUUUUUAUUAUUUUAAAUCCUAUGCCUUGAUUAUACAUAAUUUGAAUAUUGAUAGUUUCCGAUUUUUGCAAUAUUUACCUCCCUUGCCAAAAUUGGCAGCCAUUUUGACAAAAGUAUGAACAUAUGAAGGAAUAUAUUAUUAUAGCACCAAUAUGCUAAAAGAUUUUAUCAGUUUUCCUGAAGAUGAUUGAAUUAGAUUUUUGUCUUAUCUUAAACAUAUGAUUGGAAAUGACCCUCAUAAUUGUGGUCAGGGGAGGUAAUAAUUGCUAUGUGAAAAGCAUUGGUUUAAAUUUACUCCCUACCUCAAAGCAUUUGUAUGGCUAUGAUCCAAUUAUGUUAAUAACUACUUUGAUGAAAACUAUCUUCUUUGUUUUUGUUAUGUCAAUACAAUUUUUACUUUGACCUUUCAAUUUGAGUUUUGGUCUUUCUAUUGUUAUUAUAAGGGGUUUAAAUUACAAAUGGGAGUGAAGCAGCCAACAGUGUAGAAUCUGGUUUGUAUGUCUGAAGAGUUGCAAGUCUUAUCUAGAGUCUGGUUGAAUUGCAAGUCCAGAAUCUGGUUGAAAUUCAAGUCUAGAAUUUGGUUGAAUUGCAACUCUAGUCUAGAGUCUGGUUGAAUUGCAACUCUAGAGUCUGGUCAGACUGCAAGUCUAGAGUCUGUUUUGAUUACAAAUCUUAACUCUGGUUGAAUUGAAAAUUUAGUUUAAAGUCUAGUUGAAUUGUAAGUCUAGAGUCUGGUUGGAUUACAAGUGUUAAGUCUGGUUGAAUUGAAAGUCUAGUCUAAAAUCUGAUCAGAUUGCAAGUCUAGAGUCUGGCUAAAUUGCAAGUCUAGAGUCUGGUUGGAUUACAAGUCUUAAGUCUUGUUGAAUUGAAAGUCUAGUCUAGAGUCUGGUCAGGCUGCAAAUCAUGAGUCUGGUUCCACUGUAUGUCUAGAAUCUGUCCAGAUUGUUAGUCUAGAGUCUGUUGGUAUAAGCAGGUGAUUAUCUCUUGUAGCAUUCAGAGAGUUGAGCAUUUGAAUGACAUUCAUUGAUAUAUUGAUUGAUAUAUAGUACAUACUUUCUCAACUUUCAUAAUAUAGAUGAAGUCUACUAAGUCUUGUUACAUUGUAAUUUCAUCUGAUAUAUUGUUGUUGUUAUGUAGACUUUAUAUCCUAAUAAAUAAUGAAUUAAU